UCCUGAUAUAAACCGGCUCUGACUAAACCACUGCUCGCUACGGCGCUGUAACACACAAUAACUCACACUUGUUAGGGGUAAUAACAGGGCUUCUGCUCCGGGUUCAGCUCUCUCUCUGUCUGAAUGAGGAUUCAGUAGCUUCCAGCGCAGCAUGUCUCGUUCAGACCCGCCGUCCCCGCCGGCUGAGUCGUGCGGAGCGGGCGCCUACCUCCCCUUUUACCCGGCCGGUUACCAGGCUCUUCACCCGGAGGAGCACGGCCUGGAGCGCGCCUUUCGCCUCACGGCCUUCUCCGACAUGAAGGGAUGAGGCUGUAAAGUCCCGCAGGAGACUCUGCUCAAACUCCUGCAGGGACUGGAGCCCGACCGCCCGGCGGGGGAGGACGGGAGGACCGGAGAGGCCGGGGACGAGGUGUCUGAGUUCGGGCAGCUCGCUUCGGGUGCACAUGGACCCCGGCUAGGUAUUGGGAUGGAUUCUUGUGUCAUCCCUUUGAGGCAUGGAGGUUUGUCCCUGAUCCAAACUACAGAUUUCUUCUACCCUUUAGUUGAAGAUCCUUACAUGAUGGGUCGAAUAGCCUGUGCAAAUGUGCUGAGUGACCUGUACGCCAUGGGCAUCACUGAGUGUGAUAACAUGCUGAUGCUGCUUAGCGUCAGCCAGAAGAUGAAUGAAAAGGAGCGGGAGGUGGUGAUGCCCUUAAUGAUGAAGGGCUUCCGUGAUGCUGCUGAAGAGGGUGGGACUUCAGUGACGGGUGGCCAGACUGUCAUGAACCCCUGGAUCAUUGUAGGUGGUGUGGCGACUGUGGUGUGUCAACCCAAUGACUUCAUCAUGCCAGACAGUGCUGUACCAGGGGAUGUGCUGGUUCUCACCAAACCUCUUGGAACCCAGGUCGCGGUCAAUGCUCAUCAAUGGAUGGACAUACCUGAAAAAUGGAACAAGAUCAAACUGGUGAUAACAAAGGAGGAGGUGGAACAAGCUUAUCAGGAGGCCAUGCUCAACAUGGCCACACUCAACCGCACAGCUGCUGCACUAAUGCACAAGUUCAACGCGCAUGCCGCCACUGACAUUACUGGCUUUGGGAUCAUCGGGCACGCACGGAAUUUAGCCAAGCAGCAGCGCAACGACGUGGCCUUCGUCAUCCACAACCUGCCCAUCAUUGCCAAGAUGGCCGCAAUCAGCAAGGCAGGGGGAAACCUCUUUGGUCUGCUGCAGGGAACUUCCUCAGAGACAUCAGGUGGGCUUCUGAUCUGCUUGCCGCGGGAACAGGCCGCACGCUUCUGUGCAGAGAUGAAGGCGAGCCGGAGCUCGUCGCUGGGGCAGGAGGGAGGCGUGGGUGACGGGCAGCAGGCCUGGAUCAUUGGCAUCGUGGAGAAGGGCAAUCGCUGCGCUCGUAUCAUCGACAAGCCACGCAUUAUAGAGGUGCCCUACCGUGGAGCUGUAGCCAACACGCAGGAGGGCAACAACAAUAACGCCAGCCCUCCUGAGGUACAGCCCACCCAGGUAUAGGGGUGUAGCAUCUAUUGCAGCCUAGAAUACAAUACGAGUGUCAUUGGAAUGUGUCUAUCUCUCUGUCUCUCUCUUUUGUUCAUCUUUAUCAUUAAUUUUUUUUUUUUUUUUUGCUUUCUCCAGCCCCCUCUCCCAGGGUGUUGCCUCUCUGAUAAUGUGUGUGUGAGAGAGAGAGAGAGUAAGUGUGUGAAUGUGCCUUGAUUGUUUGUGCCUGUAGGAGGUGUAAGGUGUUUUGGUAAAGACUGGGAUGGUGUGAAUGUUUGGUUGUGUGGAACAGUGUGAGCAGAGUGAGAGUCAGGGCGUAAACAAGGGGCAGGGGGUCUGUUCACUCAGUGCUGUUCAUUUCUUCUCCCUGUUCAGCCGACGGGUUGAGAGCAACAGACCAAAAAAUUAUUUCUUUUUACCUGGUGGGACAUGAAAUGGACAGCAAACUCAUCAUUCACUUGUCUUCAUCUUUUUUUCUCCCUUCUUUUCAUCCUCUUUACAUUCAGUUAAGUUUAUUCUACUAUGUUCUACAUGCUGUAGUAUGCCUGGUUGUUUUCUCUUUGGCCUUCUGUCUUCUGCUUAUGUUCUUUUCCCUGAAGCAGCUCUUCUGUAACCACAAGUCAGUGGGUCUGAUCAGGUGACUCUUAAAUUGCCCUCUUUUUUUUUAAACUCUUUAACAUUUAAUGGCUUUUUUAGGCACUUUCUCCAGCUAGAAACAUCACAUCUUGUUUCUCACUAGUCAAGACCUUUCAGAUCAAAUAUGUCUUUCUGUGACAAUCAAAGCCAAGUGUUGGAGAAGCAGCAUAUUUUAGAGCAGUGGUCUCCAACUCUGAUCCUGGAGGACCCACUGCCAUGCAUGUUUAAGCGUUUACCCUCCUACUCCUGAAAAAAAUGUGAAGGGGUUGUGUAAGGCUACAUUCAGAAAGUUGGGCCAAAUAUGUAUAAUUGUUUUCAGAUUGAUUUUUUAUAUUGUCUGGACAGUCAGAAACAACACAAUGUGAUUUAUAAUUGGAUUUGUAUCUGAUUUCAUUGCAUAUUUUCUAAUUCUGGUGCAUUUACAGUAAUGCUAAUUAAUGUACACUGUCCCUGUUAAAUAAACUAUUAAAUAAAUAAUAAUACAAAAAUAUUUAAUCACUUGCAUUGCAGCAACAAGCUAAUUAAAUCCAGAAUGACAGAAGUGCGAGGGUUUAAAAAAAAAAAAGCACCAAAAGUUAGCUACUGACUUCAUUAACACAGGUGCUUUUGAGAUACCUGUACAUGCAAAUCUGAUCUGAUCUGAUUACUUGCAAAUAAUAUUCAACAUAAUUUAAAUCAACUGGUCUGAUUGUAGCCUUAGAGCAGAAACCCCACUUGCAUGUGCAGUUUGGGAUGUUCUCCAGUACCAAAGUUGGGAUUCAGUGGCUUAAAAUACAAAACAUGAUCAAAUCAAAGCAAACAAAAAGUUCCAAAUAAUCCUUAACAUGAUAUAUUUAAUUUAUUUGAUAUUUAAUUGUACAAUUGUGUCAAAGAAUUCAAUGCAAUCGUCCAAAUUAGGGAAGAUUGACCUGUUUUGUUUUUAUUUUACUUUCUCAUGGUUAAAGGAAGUAUGAGGUGUUUACAUUUAAUUCAAUACAAUUCAGGUGUAUGGAGUUUUUCAAGUUAAUGUUUUUUUUUUUUUUUUUUUUGGAAGAAGUCACAGCUAGCAGUUUCCUCACCUACGUAACAUGUGACUGCUUUGGGGGAGGUGUGUGUGUGUGUGUCUGGUUUGGUGUGAUGUUUUAGAGUUGUGGGAAUCCUGGUUAUCAUGUUCAUGCUGAGAUGUGAAUCAUUUACUCCACUCCAUUUACUGUGAUCUCCUUCUCUGCAUUUGGAUCAGUAGUGGAAUUGUAGUCUGGCUCGUCCUCCUGGAUCAGAGAGAGGAUUGAGCAGCUCUCUUUGAUCUGCCGGCCGAGUUCAGUAUACCCGAGGUGGUCUGCUGAAAAGCUCCAGAGGAACAGAAGCACCGCUCCUCCUGCUCAUGAUGCCUUUCCCUCUAAACCCCAAAAAAUGGGGGGAGGGAGAAGCUGAUGUUACUGGAAAGGAGGAGCGGUUCCUGAUCUUCUCAGUCUAUUCAGCUGGCUGAGUGUAUUGAUUUUUAUGCCAUCUCAAGACAAUAAAACAAUCAAUGUAGUUUCUCUAAA